UCUUAACCAGUUCGUCUGAAUGAUUGAAAAGAUCCGAGUCAAAAGAGCGAUUCGGACAUCCAUGCAGCAGUGAUUGGCAGUUUUUUCUUUUGUCCAGCCCCCUUUUCCAUUCAUCAUCCAUGAGAUCAUAAUGGGCCACAAACACACUGAAACCCAGCUAUUUACGGAGUGUUCGUUAUAAUCAAAGGAAGGAUUAUGGCUUCAGAAGCGAUUGAAUUGAAUGGAGAUGCUAACAGAAGUGAUUCAAGAGAGAUUCAGGAGAACCCAAAGGAAAAAAGGCAGCCGUCUGAUCGUCCCCGGCAGAGCCACUGGUCAAGGAACACCCCAAUUAACAUGAACCAUUACGCCAAUAAGAAGAGUGCAGCAGAGAGCAUGCUGGAUAUCGCGCUGCUGAUGGCCAAUGCCUCCCAGCUGAAGAUCAUCCUGGAGCUGGGACCCAAGUUCUCCUUAUACAUUCCUCUCAUCUGUCUCAUCAGCAUCUCCCUCAUCCUUCAGAUCACCGUGGGGGUCUUGCUUAUCUUCAUAGUGAAGUGGAAUCUGAAUGACACGAGUAAACACUACAUACUGAAUCUUCUGGAGAACAUCGUCACAGCUCUCGUCUUCAUCAUCGUAGUAGUAAAUGUUUUCAUCACGGCAUUUGGCGUCCAAAGACCAGAGGACACGAAAUCAUAACAGCCAACAUGAGUUUGGGAUUUCAUACAAUUAUAAAUAUUUGGACAUUUAUUAUCAAAGACCAAGCAAGUUGACAUGACAUAUUCGAAUAUGCCUUGUUUUGCAGAACCUUUUUUAGUCCCAAAAUGAGCUAAUAACAUCUUAAUAUAAAUUACAUUUUAAAAAUGCAACUUCAUGUAAUUAUUUUUAUGGCUAUUUGUUUGUGUAAUUCACGUUGUUAAAAUGCAUCGUGAAAUUGGAUUGGAUAUUCUAAUUGGAUCAUUACUGAGAUUGAAAAUAAUCAAGACAGAAACUAAAAAGACAAUGCCUUUCCAGACCGAAAUGGAGAGUAGCACCUCACCUCACAUUCAUACUGCCUACUUGAUCACUGUAUCAGCUGCCUAUAUGGGGAAAAUGGGCUUAUUGUACUGUAUGUGUUGUUCAACCCAUGCACACAGCCUGUUUGUAUUUGUCUUUACUUGCAGGUCAUAUUUGAUGCAUGAAGGAUAAAUUGCUUACAAAGUCAAGUGUGAGCAGCUUAAAUCGGCACUUUAGCAAAAAAAAAUUUUUUUUCUUGCAAAACUCUGUAAGUGAAGAUUAAAGAUCAUAAAUACAGCACA